AUGGGCCCAGAGCGUUCACGGAAAGAACAAGCUUAUAGUAAUCUUGACGUGUUUUCAUUCCAAAAUGUCGUUUUGGAGUGGAACUUAUUCAAGAAUAUGAAAGAGUGGCAAGGUGAAAGUGUCGAUGAUAACAAAAUGGGUAGCAAGGCCUCGAAGCUGAAGGGUUGUAAUGACGAAACGGAAGGGAACGAUGCCCGAUUCGAAACGCUUCGUAGCCAGUUGGCCGAAGAGGCUAUUAAGAAACACAAUUUGAAACGACAAAGUAAGCGUGACAACGCUGACAAAAGUGUCGACAAGGAAACAAAUACUUUUGACAAAGAGCUGGAUGCUUUACAGAACAAGAUUAUUGAGUGCAACGAAGAGUGUGGUUUGUUGCUGUUUAAUGUUUUGCAAGAGUUUAGUUUGAUGAAGGAGACAAACCUUGCUUUGUUUUCGCACGAGAUGUACUCGCGUUUAAUAAGCGAUACGCCAGCCAAUCUUCCGGAGGGGACAUUGCGAAUUAAGCUCACAACCAGCGAUUUGCCAUCAGUGUCGGCGCUGCGCUUGGUUUGUCGUCAUGAAGAGGAGAAAGAAGCAGACGGUGGAGACGGUGAUGAUGAUGAGAGUUUUGACAUAGUGUCAACCAAAGAAGUCGAUGGACCGACACAGUACUAA